AUGAAGUCCACUGUAUUGACAUUUUGCUCUUUGGCAGAUUUGGUUGACCGGACCCAUUCCGACUCCCCUUUUUCUCAAUGUGCCUACCUCGUCCAGCUUGGAAGCCCCUGCAAGUUCCGAAUGAGGCACGAAACCUCCAACCAGGCCAAAUUAGUCGUCGAAAAAUACCUUGACAUUCUCAUUGGUCCUUCCGAGACAUCUAAGGAGUCAAUUCCACAAUUUAGAUUCCUCCAGGAGCUCGCCACUAUACAACUUUGCAACAAGCACAAAAAGCAUCAUUCCCACGUCAUAGGACAGUGGCUCAAUGAAUUUACUGCCAAACAGGCUUCUAUCAUACUCAGGUUGGCAAAGUACUACAACCUGAGAAUCGAGGAUACAGUUAUUGGAGAAAGUCAAGAAUCUGAUGAUGAAGAUGACGAACAAAAUUUGAAUGUUACCGAGGAAGGGGAUACAUUGGAGGAGGACGAUGAAGAAAUAUCAAUCGUUGCUAGCCAGUCCUCAUCGUCGCUCAUAUUUAUUCGCCGCACAGCUAUACGAGCAGAAGACGAAGUUGCUAAGAGCGUCACCCGGCUUUUGCAGCAGCCUAUUGAAAAGGAAUCCCAGAAUUCAAAUUCUGGAUGGAUAUAUAUCAUAUCUCCUCUUGCAAUGCCAGGAAAAUUCAAAGUUGGCCACACUACUCAGAAAGACCCUCAGUUGCGACGUUUUCCAGAUCACAAAAGGUGCCAUGGCGAGUUUAAAGUUCUGGUAACGAAACUGGUACCUUAUGCGUUUCGCGUGGAGCAACUCAUAUUGAAGGAGCUCUAUAACCAGCAGUUGGGAAAAAAGUGUGAGAACCCGAAAUGCUCUACUCAAGUUCACCGCGAGAUUGUUGGCGUUGAUCAGGAAAUUCUGUUGAGAUGUUUCGAAAAAUGGGUAGAAUUUGUGGAGUCUUGCCCAUACAGCAACCUGGGUGUCUUGACAAAAGAGGCCAAGGAAGCCCUACCUCGUCCUGCUUUGAAAAUCCACCUCAGCAGCAAGCCAACUUCCCGCCGUUCUACCGGCUCGACUCCAAGAAAUAAAGAAGGAAGCCAGAGUUCUCCGAGCACACCCUCGAAAACGAAUCUUAAGGUUCCCACUUCGGCCCAAAAGAACAUGAGAGCUCAUUAUACUGAGCCGGAUCAAGACGACUCGGGCCUAUCCUCGAUGAUCGCAAACCUUCAUCUCACGCCUUCAAAAAGCGAGAGGGAUAGUAGUCCCAAGAAACCGCGAUACUCCAUACCUGGAAGUUUUGACUGA